CAAGAAUGGCCAAAACGAAGCAAAAUCAGGCGAAACUCCUGAAGUUUGGUCGCCAACCGUCUCAGCAGUCCUUCAACGGCAAAGACAUCGCCUCGAGAGCUGAUCCGCAGAUGAAACAGAAGUUAAUCACUACUAACACCUCAUUGACGCACGUGUUGGCCAUGAUAUCCAUGGGCGUGUGCCGGCAGAUCACGAACAACGAGCUGAUCCGUCAGCGACUCAUUGUCUACUUAUCACUCGUACUCAUCGGCGGUCUCGUCAACGACUUCACGCCACUGAUCACCAGAUCCUUCAUGUUUAAGGUCCAGAAG